GGAGAAAGUGGGCACAGGAAGGACUGUCGUUCCCUUGUGCCAACCAGAAGGAAAAGGAAAGAGACAUUUAAGAGAUUGAGAGGAGUCGGGUCAACAAAAAGGGCCAGAGAAAGUUGGUGCAAGGGUCGACUUCUUCUCACGAUACGAUCACUGAAUCAAGUUUCGAACCUAUCAAGAUGGCCUCCCAUGGUGCAUGUUUUAACUGUAACAUGCCAGGUCACUUUGCCAGGGACUGCCCGUCUCGCCAACCGUCUUUUCCUCAACAGACUAAUGGUUUCCGUUCGUCAUCUCCAUCGUAUCCCCCCCUGCGACCUCCACCUACCCUCUCUUCCCCUGUCUCCUCGCAAGCUCCUCUGCUUGCACUCCCCCCUCCCCCACCUCCUUCCACGUCUCAGUCCGGUAAUAUGAGUCCGGCGAUCGUCCCUCGUCAAUCUUGGUGGAAGCUGAAUCAGGAGAAACUCGACCGAGUGUACGAGUUCAUGGCCUCCGAGCUCGAGGCCCGGCAAGAGGCCAUCCGCGAGAAGGAACGUCAUCUCAAGGAAGAGGAAGAGAAGAAGAGGGCCAAAGAAGCAGAAGAGAAAGCCUUGAAGAAGAUGAACGAUCGCCAAGACUUCGAGGAUCGCAUCAGUAACAUCGUAGGCAACAAAAUCAAUGAUGCGUGCGAGCUUUUCCUAGGAAAAGUUGAUUCUGCUAGGAUUAUCGGCGAAAGGAGGGGACCAGUCGAGCAGCCGAGGCUACGAGUUGAGAGUGACGCGGAGAGAGAUCGGCUGCAGAAGCAGAUCGAGCAGCUUCGAGUGGAGAAUGAGUGGAUCAGGAAGCAAAUGGAGGAGUUAUCACGUACAACCAAGAACUCAAGAGCAGGCGCCAAGAGACCAGGCGGCGGGGUAUGUAUAGCUAGCCCGCCGAAAGCUCCGGCCCAUGGCAGGCCCAGAGUUAUGGGGGUUGGAACACCGACGUCGCAGGACUUUCAGAAGCUGCUGAAAGCAUACAACCAAGUAAAGGACGGUAAGAGGGCUGCGGCUCUGGAAGUCCAGAUGCUCAAGGAGCGUUUCGAGCGGGCGAUCGAUAAACUGGUCAGGCAAGGACGAACUCCUCGCUCGAAUCUGACCAAGAGAAUGAACGAUGCUACUGAUGAGGAUGAUCCCGAGCAGCACUGCAGGCAGGAUGAUGCGUUGGACGACCUUAUACUGCGUCCCUCCCCUCCGAAGAGAACGUCAGGUCGACUGGCCACGAAGGCUGCAGCUGCUGAACGAGCCGACUUCCUCAAGGAAACCAAGAAGCAUCUCAAACGGCUGAAGAAGCAGGGCCUACAGCUACUCUAUAAUAGGGAAGGAAUCACCUUCUGCACCUAUGAACAGGCGAUCAACGAUAUAGCUGAGCACCGUGCCUCGUCGGCAUUCGAUUUCCGCCCAGAACCAGCGAAGGCAGGACGGCCAGGCCCAGGUUCCGAUACUGAGGAUGCGAAGGAGGACGGUCAAGAGGACGCGGCAGAUACUCAGCCUGUCAAUGUCGAGGAAGAUGAACAAAUCGGUGGCGAAUAGGAACGUUGCCCAAGCGCCGGAACAUUAUGGGAUCUGGUAAAUCUC